AUGGCUUCGGCGUCGAGCAAGGUCGGCGGCGUGACCUUGGCCGUGCGUCUCUUCACGCCCCUGGCUCUCGGUUCGGCGGGAUACGCCGCGUGGCGCGUCAACUGGCCUGUUCUCGUCCGGUCCUUUCUCACCGGCCCGGGCCGCACCUCGCGCGUUUUGCUGCUGCUCUUUGCCGCCUUGAACUGGAAGAACCUUCCGUUCGCAUGGACUUACCGUGUCUUCUACGCCAUCAUCUACCACAACGUCCUGCGCAAGUCGCCACAGCUCACGCCCCGGGCCCUCUUCAAGCCCCUCAUCUCCGAGACGCACGCGCCCCUGCUCGAGAUGGACUACAAUCUGCACAAGUCCAACUCGACCUACUUUACCGACCUCGACGUCUCGCGGAGCCACCUCGUCAGCUUCCUCUGCCGCCCGGGCCUCCGCAAGCUGGCGCACAACCCGGAGACGAAGCUCAUCCUCGACCCCGCCACCGACAAGCCCGUCCGCGGCUCCAUGGGCAUCAUGCUGGGCGCCGUGCACUGCAGCUUCAGGCGUGAGAUUGGAAUCUACCGGGGUUACGAGCUGUGGAGCCGCCUGCUCUGCUGGGACCGCAAGUGGAUGUACAUUGUCACUCACUUCGUCAAGAAGACGGCGGCCAACGGCGCCGCGCCUAGCUGGGAGAGCAAGAUCUACGCGACGGCCUUGAGCAAGUACGUCUUCAAGCUCGGUCGCCUCACCGUGCACCCUGCUGUUGUCUUGUCCGAGUCGGGACUGCUUCCGGAUCGCCCCGGCGGCUGGACCAGCGGAACCAACCAGCUCGGCGACGAGGCCGCCAGUGUCGCCGACGUCGACCUGUCCGAGGAGGGCGAGUGGGAUUGGCGCCGCGUCGAGGGGCAGCGCAGACAGGGCAUGGAGCUGGCCGCCAAGUUCCAAGCCCUCGACGGCAUGCACGGUCUCUUCGACGGGGGUGCCACCGGUGCUCUCGGCAAGUACGGGCCCUGCUGA